GCUAUAGCCAACUGGUGUUGUCCUGUCAAAGCAGCGCUGCUCGGAAAUCAGCCUCACACACUUUUCCUUCGCUCAGGUGCGACAGGCAGACAGAGAGGCGCGGUAUGGAGCGCACUUUCCGCCAGCAGCUCUUCUUUCUUGUGUUGUGUCUGUCUGUGCUCAAGGGAGACUCCAGGUACAUCGAGGACAACGAGAUUAGCAGAGAAGACUUGUAUUCAUUCCUCAACUCGGAGCUCAAGAGAGGAUUACCAGAGGAAUUAAUUUAUCACCGACCACUACGCUGCCUGGACAUGAUUGCUGUGGAGGGUCAGUUCACCUUUACAGCAGAGCGGCCUCAACUCAACUGUGCUGCUUUCUUCAUAGCCGAGCCUGAUGAAGUGAUCAGUGUGGAUUUUGGCAGUGUUGACAUAGACUGCCAGGGAGGGGACUUCAUCAAGGUGUUUGAUGGCUGGGUGAUGAAAGGAGAGAAGUUCCCCAGCUCUCAGGAUCACCCUCUGCCUGUGUAUGAGCGCUAUGUGGACUACUGCAGCUCAGGAUCAUUAAGAGCCGUACGCUCCUCCCAGAACGUGGCCAUGGUCUUCUUCCGCAUUCACAACGCCGGCAGUAGUUUCACUCUUACUAUGAAGAAACUCAUCAACCCCUUCCCUUGUAAUAUCAUCUCCCAGACACCAGAGGGCAGUUUCACAAUGGUGAUCCCCCAGCAACACAGGAACUGCAGCUUCUCUAUAAUAUACCCUGUGGAGAUCCAGAUAUCAGAGUUCAGCCUGGGACACCGCAGCAGCUUUCCCAAGAGGACUAUGCCUGGUUGCACAGGAUCAGGAGAUUUUGUGGAGGUGCUGGGAGGAAAUGGCCUUGAUACAUCCAAAAUGCUCCCUGUUGCAGACUUCUGCUACUCCUUCACUGGCCCUUCCAAUAUGAAGAUAGGCUGUGAUAACACGGUGGUGAGGAUGAUAUCCAGUGGGAAGUUUGUCAACCGAGUGUCUUUCAGCUACCAGUCACUGGACCCACAGGAACUUCAGAGGCUCAAACAGAACAGUGUGGAAGAUUUCUGUUUUAAUGACUGAUCCCAACAGGAUCAUAAUUUGCCAAAUGUAUCAUUUGACUGCAAAGAGAAAAGCUUAAAUGGUUUUUAUUUUAUUAAAAAAUACAGGUAUAUCUUGCACCAAAAUGUUUAGCUGUCAAGUUAGUCCCUGUAUUAAAAAGCUUAGACAGUUUAUUUAUCAGAUAAAAUAUCUAAGUCCAAAGACAUAAACAGAUAGCCAUGCCACUAGAAAUGUUUCACUCAAAAAUUCACUCUGAGCUUUUAAUUAAGAAAUUAAUGGAUUAAUUUAUUCAUUUUACUUGAACCUUCUUUAAUUUAUUAUAUUGUGGCAAGCUUGAUGAAGUGCUGUUGUUUACUUUACUGUUUCGUGUCCAGUAGAGUUUGUGUAUUAAUUAAGAUAAGAUUCAAGAAAUUGUCAUACAAAUGAGGUUUAUGGUAAAAAAAUUCUUUAAAGGGGAUGGUGCUAAAAUGAAUGUUACCCUCUAUUUAUUUUGUUAAAUGAUACAUAUGGAUCUGCUGCAUCAUUUCCUGCCACAUGUUACAUAGAAAGCAAUAGGCAAAGUAUUCGGUAUACUACAUCAAAGCAUUAAUUGCAUCAAUGCAUAUUUAUUUGUAUAAAAUGUUUUUUUGUAAUAAAAUUGAACUGCAUGACAAAGCACUCAA